AUGGAGAAGGAGGCUGCCGACAAGGCCAAGCGCGAAGCGGACGAGAAGGCCAAGGCGGACGCAGCUCGUGGAAUCAAUCUUUCGAUCAAAACUGCUAAGAGCAAGACUUUGUCUCUGGCAGGCGUGCCUCCGGAAUGCGAUGUCGCUGAGUUAAAAAAGCGCAUCGCCGAUGAGCACGAUAUUCCUGCGCCGGCACAGAGGCUCAUUUUCAGGGGACGCCUUCUUACGGAUGGGAAGACCAUCGACACUUACAAAAUCGUCGACGGCUGCGCAGUGCAUCUCGUCGAAAACACACGUGCAGCGAACGCGGCCAAGGCUGCUGUCCAAGCCCAGACGAAGCCCAUUGUACCGCCAGGGACUGUUUGCCAGCUGAAAGAUGGCAAGCCAGAGUUCAAGAGCAUUCAACAAAAUUGCGGACGAUCAAGGCUUAUAGUCGUGGACUGGUCAGCCCCCUGGUGCGGCCCAUGUCGGAUGAUCGCCCCCGUAUUCGCGAGGCUUGCUGUUCGCUUCCCGGACGUAACUUUUGUCAAAAUUGACACUGAGCUUUCUGCCGCCAACUCAGAGCUAGCGUCUGAGAAAGGGAUCUCAUCGUAUCCGACAUUCCACUACUACAUUGGAGCGAGCAACAUUCAUUCGUUUUCAGGAGCGAGCGGCACGCAGAUUGAGAAUGGGAUUAGACAAUGUCGAACAAUGUUGGCAUCGACAGCGAAAGAUCAGACCUCUGACGUUGCAUCCGGGUCCGCGUCUGGGUCUGCCUCUGGCCAAGACUUGACACGACGAGUUCUUACCGCACUCACGACUCUGAAGAAUAACUGCUCUACGACAGAUUUCAUCGUGGCCGUCAGGACUCUGCUGACAUUUGUCCGAAAUGUUGUUGACCACCCUGGUGAAGAAAAAUAUCGCAAAGUUCGCACAGGGAACAACACUUUUCAAACUCGUCUCGCCUCAAAGACGGGGGGUGUGGAUUGUAUGUAUGCUUUUGGAUUUGAGGCCAGAGAGGAGAGCGGGGAAAAUUAUCUUUUGCUAUCCGCUGAGGCUGCAAACAAUCCUCAACUUCCUACGGUGCGGAGACAAUUAGAACAAGCGCUUCAGGCUGUCGGCGGUUCGGAAUCUGCCUCAAGACAAGCUAGCACUAAUCGUGCAGCACCGGCAGGGGGUAUGGGGGGGAUGGGAGGGUUAGGGGGCACACCGCCCAUGGGUGGAAUGGGGGGAAUGGGUGGAAUGGGAGGAAUGGGAGGAAUGGGAGGAAUGGGAACCCCUGCGGAUGCCGCGUUGAUGCAGGAAGUGAUGGCUGAUCCGAACUUUCAGCAACUUGCACAGGAGCUCGUCAACGACCAAUCUCUCCUACCGUUGCUAAUGCAAGCUCAAACUGCCAUGCAAAACGGAGAUCACGCGACUCUGCAAAAUCUCAUGGCAAAUCCGAGCCUCGCAAGAUUAACGCAGGCCAUGCGCAAUAGCCCCGCCAUUGCAACCGCCAUGCAACGACGUAUGAUGGCGGGCGGUAUGCCGGGUAUGCCUGGUGCAGGCGGAAUACCUGGAAUGGGGAUGCCUGGAAUGCCCGGCGGCCAGAACCCUACGGGCGGUGCGACUGGUGGUGCAAACCUAGCACAGAAUGCACAAGGGCAGCAGAACCCACCUGCGGACGCACAGCCCCAAUACCCGGGUGCCCCGACUACUGCAGAAGAGGAAGAUCGAUUACUGCAAGAAGCAAUCAGGCUUUCUAUGCAAGAGAGUGCGACUAGCAACAACCCUUCGCAAGAACCCAAGACGGAUGAUGAUGCGGGGAACGAGAGCUAGAGAUGUUGCACGUUCGCAUCGGCCGUCAUUUGCUUUGAGCUUAGAUGUCGAUCAGGGGGCACUCAGUGUGUUAAGAAGCGUUUCUUUUCCAAGUUUUGAUUUUCACCCCUAUGUGCCUAAUUCAUGGCUUGCUACAAGUAUAGAAUGCCCUCAUGUAGUGCUCCGCAAUUAUGUUUCAAAUCCAUCGAAAUCGUAGACUCGGGAAAUGUGGAGAGCCGGGCGCUCUCAGAUAUACGCUGUCGUUCUUCGACUGCAUGAGGAAAAAGUCGGAACGGGCUGUACAUCUGAGAUGAUAUUUGAGUUUAUCGUUGGGGGUUUUGCAAUGGUAAUGCAAAAGUAUGGUAUAACGGGAUCCACUUUACAUAAAAGACGUCUUCGACGUUUCAGGUGAUAUUCUCAGACUUUUAAAUCGGUUCUUCUUGUCCUA